AUGAGUAAUUUAUACAAACAUGCCUUAAAACAAGAACAAGGUCUUAGACAAGAUCUAGAAAAGUUUGAAAACGGGGAGGACGUUUCUGUUGGGCUACAAGGUCAGAUAUCGGUUGGUCUUACCUCAUUAAAACGAACAAUUGAUGAUUAUGAUAGUUUGGCCAAAAGAGAAAUGAUACUUGUAAAGCAAGAGAAAGCUUUAGUUAAUGUAUGCAAGUUAAGGGAUAACUAUAACGAAUUAAAAAAUCAGUUUGAUAGGCUGAAGCAACGAGAAGCGAAUAAGAUGACACAAAAUAACAGGGCAGAAUUACUGGGACGAAGACAUAAUACAUCUACACCUGAAUAUCCCUUUCAACACGGUGUAACCAGAGAACAACAUGCACUUCGAGAGCAUGAUUUUAUUAAUGAAACUGAUUCAAAACUUGAUGAAUUCAUAGCACAUGGAAGAGAAGUACUGCAUAACCUGUAUGACCAAAAUAAUACUUUAAAGAAUGCACAAAGAAAGAUGCUUGAUGCAGCAAAUACUCUUGGGUUAUCACGUAAUGUUAUUCAAUAUAUAGAACGUAGAUCAACUCAGGAUAAAUGGAUUUUUAUAGGUGGUGUAAUUAUUACUUUAUUUUCUAUGUGGGCUAUU